UCGAGAUUUCACCCACUUUUAUUUAAUUUCUUCUUUUUUCAAUUGUUUUAUUGUGUUUAUCUGACAAAUAUACAUUACCAAUAUUUAAAAGUUAAACAUAAAUAUGUAACAUAAGCAGUAACACUCAAGAGGGUCAUUCCACAAUGGCUGGCUACUCUAAUAUAUUGUAAUAUAAUUUUAUUGAAAGGAUCGUUAUAGUAUUUUAAAGUAUACGUAGCUGCAUUCCUUCUUUUUAUUGAAAUAUUAUGUAUACAUUAUCAGAUAACGAUACUUUGAAUACAAUUGCGCUAUAUAAUAUAAAUAUAUCCACCAGGGUCAAAAUAGAGACGAUGGUGUAGAAGCAGUCAUUGAGAUCACAUGUUGUAAUCACGAAAACACCGAUACCAUUGGGUGUACUGAAGCGCAACUCCACCUGUACUGCUUCUCAAACUACAAGAACGUACACUCGGCUUACUCUUUAGAUUUAUCCAAUCAUGUGAAAUAUAAUAUAAUUGUAGACCUACUCAGAAGAAAUUUCUGCCGAUGUUACUAAUUCUCAAUACUUUUGCUGAAAGUACUGCAUUAAUCAUUUAAUUAACGUAGAGUUUAUCAUCAGUUGUACUUCUCAACUUUAAUUUCAUUGCAAUAAAGUACGGUAUAAUAUUUGAAUUAUGACAAGCAUAUUGUGUAUUGUUGGCAGAAGUAAAUACCGAUAUGGCUUAUUGAAACAAAAUAAAAAUAGUAAACUAAAACAAGAAGUAUUUCUUACGUGUACAUAUAUUUUAAUUGUGAAAAUAUGCUGUAACUGUAUCGUGUUAAGGGAAUGUGAUACAAACGAAAACAUAAUCAGUCUCGGAGCGGUCGGCUGUUUGUCCAUUAAAUUUCAUGUAUUUAUUUUCAUGCCUAAGAAAUUACACAGUGUACUUAAACCGAUUUUUGGCACAAAUAUUUAGAAAGUUAUUUACAAAUCUACAGAUUAUAUAAGUUCUAUAAAGACAAAUUGACCCACGUACGGUCAUAACUUGUUGUAUUCGGAGGCUUUUCUUUCGUGUAAGAAUUUAUUAAUUCUUUUCCUUUAAAAUGAUGAGUGGUUAGUUUAUCACAGAAACUGUCAAGCAAUAUUGUUCGAAUAAAGGAUUAUUAAUUUCGCCGAAAAAGUUUUGUGUACAUUUGUCUACUUAUUGAUGUCAUCGCAUCGUGAUACCUUAUUUAGUAAUCCGUAUACACCUGAUUUAAGCCACUUAUUUUUGAACAAUUACAAUUACUAUGGAAGAAACAAUAAAUCCGCAGCCUUUCUUGCCUACACACUGACUCAGCCGAAUUUGAGUUUCUGAACCCAUAGUUAAAUAGUGAAUAACCUGUAUUUCCACUUGUUUAGUUGCUGUUUGUCUUUGUCUAAGCAGGGUUGACGUAUGACAAGGUUUCAAACCUUUUCUUCUGGGUUAUUCGUCCGUAGAUUUGUACAGUUAGUCCUAAGCCGAUGUUUAGCUUAUGAACAACGCGUGCAUCAAUUUAUUCUUAUUUUUAGUUAGUGCUUAAACAUUGUAUAAUACCGUGUUUCUGCUAAAGAAAAGAGCUCAGACAUUUUAACUGUGAAGAACAACAACUGACCGUUUUUUUUUAACACAGAUUGCGUUUGAAUCAAACAAAAAGAGAUCAUAACAAUCAGAUAUAUACUUAUUUUAAACCAUCUUCAUUCUCAGAAGUAAGGAUAGAAAAUUGGAGCGAGGGAAUAGCACCCAGUAGACCAGGAUUGCCGUUCUUCACUGAUUGACGCAUUUAAGAGAUUGAGCUUUGGAGUCAGUUGGUCUGUCACUGGACAAGUCAUCUAUUGGGAAUGAUUGUAUUUAUAUAAUUUUGUAGGCCUACGGAUUACAGUAUUUGAUAUUUAAAAAAGAUUGAUAUCACACGCACCGAAAAUAAAAGGCGUUGACACAGAAGAUAAUAAAAUAGAGGCGUGUCUACAUACAUAACGUUACAAAGUACUGUACAACCUGUUUGGCGCGCAACAUCUUUAAGAACCAACGAUGAAACUAAUGUGGAUUUUAUUAUUAUUUGGAAGUCUCAUGCAUCAUACAAUUAGUACAGAUUCUCCUGAGUUUGGUGACGUUCGAUUGGUUGGUGGGCCUUCGUCUAAUGAGGGUCGAGUUGAGAUUUACUACUCGAGUGGUUGGGGAACUGUCUGUGACGACGACUGGGGAAUAACGGAUGCUGACGUUGUCUGCAAACAAUUGGGGUAUUCGUGGGCUGUUGGAGUCAAACGUGAAGCUUAUUACGGCGAAGGUACAGGUGAUAUCUAUUUAGAUGAUGUUGAAUGCUACGGUAAUGAGGAUUCAAUAUUUGAUUGCGUACAUAAUGGAAUUUAUAACCAUAAUUGUGUACAUGGUGAGGACACCGGAGUAAUUUGUGAAACAGAGGAUAUAUCACCAGAGGAUGGUCUGUUGCGUCUUACUGGGGAUGAUGUUGACGGGUAUUCAGGACUGCUUGGCAUAAUGUACCGUGGACUCUGGGGCUCUGUGUGUAAGGAUGGCUUUGAUAUGAAUGAUGCAAAUGUAGCUUGUAAACAGCUAGGCUUUCAGUGGGCUAUAGACUUUAAAGUGGGAUACAGAAUAUCUAGCUCAUGCUGGAGCUGGAUUUCUGACCUGGAGUGUAACGGUACGGAGUCGAACCUUCUUCACUGCGGGCAUGAAGGACUCUAUGAACAAGGAUGUGAUGCAUACGAUGCUGUUAGCAUCGCAUGCAGUGAUGGUAUCAAUGAUGUAGAUGAUUUUCCAGAAUAUAUCCCAGUUCGUUUAAAAGAUGGAUAUGAUGAUUCCAGCGGCCGCGUCGAAGUAUAUUAUGAAGGGACAUGGGGUACAGUGUGCGACAAAAAAUGGAACAUCUACGACGCAGAAGUGGUAUGUCGGCAGCUAGGAUUCGAGGGUGCAAUCGAGGCCAAAAAAGAUGGAUUUUACGGCGUGGGUAGUGGUUCAAUACACUUUAAAAGCUUUCGGUGUGAGGGUAACGAAACUUAUUUGAGUGCAUGUACUUUUAAGUACGUUACCGACGGUCAAUGUAGUCACACGAAUGACGCUGGUGUCGUGUGUGCAGAAGAUAAUGAUGAUGAUGAUUCGUCUUACUUAUAUUCUUUUACCGAAUAUCCAGACUUACAUUCAUUCGAAUUAACUGCAUGCGAUAAUAAUCCUUGCGUAAACGGUUACUGUUACCUUGGAACAUCGUCCUAUGAUUAUCACUGUGCAUGCUACGAGGGCUGGAGUGGUGAUGUGUGUGACGAAGAGAUCGUGGGUUGUGGUUUGGAUCCGUGUUUGAAUGGUGGGUUGUGCGAAAGCAUAUCGGAUAAUGGUGAUUACAAAUGUGAUUGUUUAUAUGCUUGGAUUGGAACACAUUGUGAGACAGAACGAAAUGGCUGCAACCUAUACCCAUGCUUGAACAACGGUGAUUGUAUCGAUAUUGAUGCUGGGGGAUAUACAUGUAACUGUAUGACAGGAUACUCAGGUGGCAACUGUGAAAUUGUCGAAACAGCCUGCAGUAGUAACCCAUGUCAAAACGGAUACUGUUUAAUAUUUCCAAACGAUAACAUUUAUUUUUGUUAUUGUAAUGAUGGAUGGACUGGAGAUCUUUGUGAAGAAGAAGUUAACGUGGAUUUGGAAUGUUCAAGUAGUCCUUGCCUACAUGGAGAAUGCCUGGAGCUGUCAAGUGAAGGGUAUUUUUGCUCCUGUGAAGAUUUUUGGACCGGUGUCAAUUGCGAAACAUCCACCAUCGGAUGUGUUGCGGCACCAUGUUUAAAUGGAGGCAGCUGUCAAGAUAUUGGACCUUAUGGUGAUUACGAAUGCACAUGCCCUGCGGAAUUUGAGGGUCACGAUUGUCAAACAGAAAUUGCAUGCGAGAACAACCCAUGUGUGAACGCAGUGGCUUGCAUUGACAACUCAAUCGGUGAAUAUACGUGUAUCUGUGAAACGGGCUGGAUUGGCAGCAACUGUGACGAAUUUGAAAAUGUCAACACCAAUUUGAUGCAGACAACAAGAGUUAUUGACGAACCGACAACUCAUGCAUCUGUUGUUACUAGUCGAGAGCCACAGACGUCAUCGGAUCUGCAAAUAGGUAUCAUUGCUGGUGUUGGUGGUGCUGCAUUGGUUUUAAUUAUUGCAACCAUAGCUUUAGUUUGCAUUUUACGUAAUAAACACAGUUCGCCAAAGCCAUCUUUAGCUGGAGUUGAAAAUCAAGCUUAUGAGCUUCGUGAUCCUCCGGUCAACGCUCAUUAUGACGCACGUAUAACGAAGAGCACGGCACCAAAAGUAAAGCCAAAGCCAAGUAAACAAUCUAACUACUCGAAUGACUACGAAAAGCCGUCCGAUGAAUAUAUGAAGCCUGAUGUAAAAGUUCAUCAAGGGCUUUCAGAAAACAUCUAUGAUGAGAUUCAAGCCCCGUACAUUGGUCUAUCACAGCCUAAAUCUAACUUUUAUAUGGAUAUACUCCCGAACUAAUGAAUACAGUGUGGAGGCGCCAGGAUUUGCCCGACGAACAGUUAGAUGUCCCUAACGAACAGAGGAAAUCCCUCCGAUUGGAUGGUCGAUUUCCCCGGACGAUAGCAUAAGUGAGAAGGGUUAGGGAUUUAAAAUGCUUAUUUGAUCGAUUUCCGACGAAAUGUGUUUCUCUCCCUGACGGGGGAAGGCAGUUUCUUCCCAACGUUGGCCUUGGCUCCCGAUUCCGUACCGGGCACCACCACUGUAUGGGCCAUCUUAUAUUUGCUCCUAUCCCCACAAUGUUUUUUCCUACAUCUAUCUCUCUUACCAGAAUAAUUUUUUUUUGCUGUAGUAUAUUAAUUAUAUUACUAAAUUAUUGUAUAUUUAUAAUAAUAAUAAUAAUAAUAAACAAUAUCAAUUAAUAUGAUUAUUUGUAUCCAUCUCAACCUGUUUAUUUGUGCUCAUAAUAAUUAUAUCCGUAUUCAUUUAUUAUGUAUGUCACGUAUUAUUGUAAUUUUACUGAGCACUUGGAAAAGUAAUAAUUACGCAUAAUAAUAUGGCCAUUUAAAUACUAUGGAUUAAAAGCAUUGAAACAUAUUCAUUUAUUUUAAGAAUUUUAUUAUUUAAAACUUCAAUUUUCACCCUGUUGAGUUUGCCAAUGUUAUCAGCGCCAUCAAACAUCAUCGUUUGUGCGGUGGAUUUUGGCGCUAUAGAAGUACCGGCGAUUGAUUGUGAUUGAUUAAUUACACUAAAUUUUGUUUUUUAAUGUUUAUUAUUACACCUUAAUUUUCCGACGAAUUGUAUGGUACUUUAAAUAAUCGUCACCAGGAGCAAAAACAACAAAUAUAUUUUUAUUUACCAUCUCAAAACCAUAAGGGUGGGUAAGUUAAAUUCACAUUUCUGGCCUGAGAAUGCCAUUUCCGACCAUCUAGAAGUACCAUUGACAUUUCGUAGACAAUAUUUCUACCUCAGCCCUAACUACAGUGGAGUGGAGGUGGCCUAGACCCGCCAUCUGUACUAUUAUUGACUUUCUGGGCCCCUUUAUUUCGAAUUCCUGGAUCGGCCACUGAUUGUUGUUAUUAUUUUUAAUAUUGAUUUUAUUAUUAUUAGUAUAUUUUUUUAUAAAUAAUAAAUUUAAUUUAUAUAAUUUAUAUUAAUUAACUAUUUAAUACAAAACUAUAUAAGUUUAAUAUACAAAUUAUUCAUUAUUGUAUUAUUUUUAUUGCCAUUAUUACCAAUGUUAGUAUAAAUUAUCAUAAUUACAAUUAUAAAAUAUCAGUUUCACUUUCUUACCGAUGCUGGACAUUGGAAAAUUAGUCAUAGGUUUAAACGAAUAAAUCGAAACUGUUUUAACACAUUAUGACAACAUAGAUAUGUGGUUAAAAUGUAUAUAUAGGCCUAGUACUUAGAUUAAAUAAUCUAUUUUUGAGUAACUUUUGAUCAUUGUCAAAUUUGAUUUUAUCUAGUUUUUGUCUAAAAUGUAAAAAAAUAUUAAAUCUAAAAAAAAAAACAGAAAUAAACAUUAUAGUCUCAUAUUUUCUUUUUUUUUAAAUCUAAAUGUAGGAGGCUAUAUAUUAUUGCAAUUUCGAUAAGGAGAGUUCUAACCUACAAUUUACAACGUGCACGCAUAGCCAUACCGUUGAUUGUAAUAUCCAUGGUCAGCCAUGUUUAUCGUAGAGACAUCGUAGUUAUCGCAACACAACUUCAUUCGGUGUUCAUAUUCAGGGUCGAUUGUAU